AUGCACUCUCCUGAAUCCCUUCUCACCUUCAGCCUGGACCCGCGUGUGCCCUUACCAGCUUCCUUUAUCUUAUCGGCAUCAUCCCCGUCUCCGUCAAAGGAGGUUAUUUAUUUUGUUGACUACACUGUGACCGCUAUUGCAUAUGCCGAGGGGCACGUCAUGCGACCUUCUCGAGUGCGUGCCCUGCACGCCUUAGUGCGCUCAUUGGGAUUAGAUAAGGAGAUGACGAUUGCUCAGGCACGUCCUGCCAGCCUCGAGGAGAUGGGUGUGUUUCAUCGACAUGCUUAUUUGGAGUGUCUUCGCCACGCAUCGAGUAUUUGCAUGAAUCCCUUCGAUGCGACCGCAUUGUCUUUCCAGAAGGAGUUUGACGUUCCAGUCGGGUCUCUAAAAGGGGACUGUCCCUUGUUCCCGGAGGUGUGGUCGCUGGUGGAGAGUCAGGCUGGGGCUUCCCUGGCAUGUGCGGAUGCACUUAUUCAGGGUGAGGCGCGCAUUGCUAUGAACUGGGCUGGGGGCAUGCACCAUGCAGCGGCCGCGCAUGCCAGCGGCUUUUGCUUUGUAAAUGAUGCUGUAUUGUGCAUCCGCCGACUUUUGCGUCGCUUCCAGAGAGUCUUAUACGUUGACCUCGAUGUCCAUCACGGAGAUGGGGUUGAGGGGGCUUUUUAUGGCAACCCCCGCGUUCUGACGUUGUCGCUGCAUCAAUUCGGUGACGGCUUUUUCCCGGGCUCUGGUGGCUACGGCGGUGCCGACACUGCGCAGAGCUUCGCCGUGAAUGUUCCCCUGCCCGCCCUCACGGGGGAUGCGGCCUACCUCCUGUCCUUCCGCACCGCCCUGACGGCCUCCGUGUCCUGCUUUGACCCGGAGGCGGUGGUGGUGCAGUGCGGCGCGGACACAAUCGCGGGCGACCUCAUCGGCCGGCUCUGCGUCUCCACCUUGGCCCACACGCAGUGCGUAGCGGAUGUCCUCUCGCUGGGCCGUCCGACCGCCCUGCUCGGCGGGGGCGGCUACCAUGUUUUCCACACCGCCAAGUGUUGGGCGAUCCACACCGCCACCGCCCUGGGAAGGACAGCCACGCAGAUCCCAUGCUAUAUCCCGCGAAGCGACCCGUACUACAUGGAGUACCGCAAGGAAUGUGCCCCGCUCAGGCCCACCCUCCAUGUCUACCUCGACCCCGAUGUGGAUCAACCUCUUGGUUUGGACGAGAGCCUACGCUAUUGGCAGCAGUUGUGCAGGAGCUUGCAGUCGCAAAUGCGGGUGGCACGGCAGAUGCGUCAAGGCUUUACGCGGACAAUUUGCACAGCUAAAUUGUGGAGAUGUGCGUUUUUAGCCCAGAGCCCUACUUCCUCACGUAACUGCGUAACAUCGGGGUACCAAAAGGAGGCUAAUGACAGCGGCACAACGUUAACAAUCCAUACCACUAAAGCUUCAAAGGGCAAAACAGAGACAUCAAAUUCAAAUAAGCGACCUCGAUUAACAUCUCCCGGUUCAAAGAAAAAGCGGUCUCGUGACUGA